AUGAUCUCGAAGCGCUUUGUUUUCUUUCUGACACUUUUGUUUGUAGCAGCAAAUGGACAGAAGACGUAUCCGAAGGCAUCCUCCUCUGUACAGCAGAAAGGCAAAGGUUUCCUUUCUGUCUCGGUUGGUGACACUGUUACUUUAGAAUGUUCUUACGAAGGUCCUAAUUCAGUUCAGAUCUUCUGGUACAAGCAAAGUUUUGGACAAAAGCCCAAGCUUAUGUCCACUUUUUAUGGGCACACUACAAAGGAGACCUUUUCUGAUGAAUUUAAGAGCAAUUCACGUUUCAAACUGGAGACAGAAAACCAAAAUCCUCACUUGAAGAUUUCUAAUUUAAAAUUUUCAGACUCUGCUACCUACCACUGCAUAAGUUCUGAUUCUUACUCACUUACUUUUUUGGAGAGCUUUCGUGUCCUUGUGAAGGACCCUUCUUCUUAUGUUCUGACUUCAGUGGAUCAGUCGUCCUCUGAGAACAUCCAUGCAGGAGACUCUGUGACUCUGAACUGUACAGUACACACUGGGAGCUGUGAUGAAGAACACAGAGUUUACUGGUUCAAAGACUCUGAAGACUCUCAUCCAGGACUCAUUUACACUCAUGGAGGCAGGAAUGAUCAGUGUGACAGAAAGAACAACACACAAACACACAGCUGUGUCUAUGAGCUGCACAUAAAGAACCUGACAGAGUCUCAUGCUGGGAUCUACUACUGUGCUGUUGUCUCAUGUGGACACAUACUGUUUGGGAACGGGACCAAGCUGGACCUCACAGUUCCUCUGAACUCUGUGAUUCUGAACACUUUGGUUGGAUUAUUGACGGUCAUGAGCGUCCUCGUUGCUUUUCUGCUUUUUCUGCUGUGGAAAAUCCACAAGAGCAACAACUGCACCUCCACAGAGGAAAGAUCACCUGCUGCCCCCUUAAGAAGCUCAGAGGCUGAGAACAAAGACGCAGAAAGCCUCCAUUAUGCUGCUGUUAAUGUUAAGAAGUCCAGCAAAACAAGAAGACAGAAGAACAACUCCAACACAGUCUGUGUUUAUGCGAGUGUGAGACAGCAGAACUGAACCUUUAAAUCAGGGAAGAGGUUUUGUUUCCAU